AUGCCGCAAGGUGAGGGUUCAGACAGACUCGGCCACAGCAGCCCAGCUCAUCCAGGAGGCAACACCAGGCCACAUUCAUUUUGUUCAGGUGGCCACGAUCCGAGAGCUCCUAGCUAG